AUCUCGGCUCCCGUAGAGGGGACUGUCAUUGCACCUGGUCAAGCCUUCGACUUCUCCUAUGGCAUUCAUGCAGACUAUUGCUCGUCAAGCUACAACUACUCUGUGUGGCUCAUGACGGAAAUGCCGCAGGCGUUCUCACCCUCGCCCACCUUUAUGACCGGAUACCUGUUUGGAACUUAUGAUGCGGCCAAUUAUCCCGCUGUUCCAUAUGCUACGAAUCCCGCCCCGGCGCAGCUUACCAUGCCCGACCUGUCUCAGGAUCAGGGUGGAUGGGGCAGCGGUGCGUCUGCAACCAAUGCGACGUUCUAUGUCAUGGUCUGGGAAGAGUGGGCAUCAUGCGACGCGUCCCUCGGAAAGAGAAUCAGUCUCGCUAUGAACAGCAUCAUCUAUAAUGCUACGGCUACG